AUGUUAUUUCUUCUUUUUCUUCUACCCAUCUCUGGCCUGGUGACCGAGGCUUUCUUCGAGUCACACUGCCAAGAUGGGCAAUCGAAAUCGUGCACCAAUGGUUGCCAACGGGGCCUGGAGCGUUAUUUCAACGGAGUAGCGAACCGCGUCCUGCCCGGUCACGGCUACCGCAACCUGACGGUAGCUUCGCCGGUCCUGUGCGGCAGGGAGUGUCUUAUCGAUGAUCGCUGCUUCUCUUUCCACUACUCGGAGGGGAAGAUGCGGUGUGAGUUGAACGGGGCUACAGCGUCGCGAUACCCGAUGGAUCUGACUGAGAUGGAUGGUAUCUUCUACUACGGUCCGGAAGAGCCAAAACUUGUUCAGCUCCUGGCAUCCGGGGAUAACACAGGUUUUCCUAGCCUGACCGACUGUUGGUACCACACUCACGCAUCGGCAGCCACUGAGUGCAGCAAGACCGGCCAACAGCUAUGCCUUCAUGCGCAACUUGACCACGCCUCUGGGGAGAAAUACCCGGCCACACCUCUCUCAUGGUACGCUGAUACUGACAGCCUGGCCGUGCUGACCGAGACCGGAGUGACCUACCACGACCUGCCGCUGACCGCCCCGUCUCCCGGCUUGUGCUGCUCCCUCCCGUACGUCUACCGUGACCCAGUCCGCACUGCAUCGCUGUAUGCUGUCGCAGACCGUGCCGGGCAGGCUAGUGGAUGCUCUGAUCAGGGAGCUCAUCCCUGCACCCUGGCCGAACUGAAGGAGGCGUACGACAACGGCUACAGAUCAUCAACCUGGCUGUACUUCGCUACACCAAACCGUGAUGCGUCAGUUGCGGAUGGGGGAUGUGGGUCAAGAACAGGCGACGAGUGUUACCAAGAUACCAUAGCAAACACACCUAGACCAGCUGCGCAAUCGUGGGUGUACUGCUGCUAUGCUUAG